AAGCCAACAUACGCCUAGAACAUAAAUAUUUAAUACUACUUGAAAGUAAGUUACUCGCUCCGCUGACCAAUACAACCGCGGAUGAAGCAAUAGAAAUCUAGGGUUCCGAUUAUGACGGCGCCGGAAUCAAUCGCCGCAUCGAUUAACCAAAUCGACGAGAAGAAACAGAAUCUGAAGAAAGCUUUCGACGAUCUCCAAGCUCACCGAUCUCUUCUUUCACCAUCUUUCAACCUCUCAUGGUCUGAGAUUGACUCUCACUUUUCCUCUCUCCAGUCUUCACUGCUCGACCGCUUCCGUCUCCUCCAAUCAGCCGCGCCUCCUCCCGAUUCCGAUAAAAUCGAAGCCUCAACGGCGGAGACAACGCUCGUUUGGCCGGAAUUGAGAAAGUUUUGUGAGAAGAACGACGGAAUAGGUUUGGGGAAGUACAUGAUUGAUAAUUCGAAGAAGCGUUUAUCGAUCAAUCUAGAGCUUCGUGAUGCGAUUCGUUGCGCAGAGAAUCCAGCAGCUUUGGUUCUAGACGCGAUCGAAGGUUGUUACCACUGCUCUUCCCCAUCUUCGUCGUCGUCUUCCUCGGCGAGAGCGAUCGGGUUAAGAAGGAUCUUCGUUUUGUUAUUGGAAGAUUUGAUUGAGAUCAAUGCGAAUCUCACGAAUGAUUUGAGAGAAAGAGCUAGGACUCUUGCUUAUAAUUGGAAAUUGAGUAUAGGUAACAAACCAUCAGAAGCGUUAGCGUUUUUGCAUUUGGUUGCAGCGUUUGAAUUGGGGUCUCUGUUUAGUAACGAGGAGCUUUGUGAUUACAUUUUCUUGAUCACUAAGUAUAAACAAGUGACAACGAUCUCUAGGAAGAUUGGCUUAGAUAGGAAAAAAAUAGCAGAGCUGAUUAAGAAGUUUUUGCAUACUGGGAGAUUACUUGUUGCUAUCAAAUUCAUUUAUGAGAAUGAGAUGACUGGUGAAUUCGAACCAGUUUCGAUUUUGAAAACUAGUCUGAAGAACUCGAGAGCAGCUGCUAAGAGAGUUUGUGCUGAAGGGAGUUACUCUCUCAAGGCACAGAACGAAGGGACUGAUAAAGAGUUGAAUGCGUUGAGAGCAGUGAUCAAAGUUGUCAAAGAGAAAAGUCUUGAAUCCGAGUUUGUUGAAGAGAAACUCGAAGAAUGUGUUAAGGAGUUGGAGGAUCAGAAAGCUCAGAGGAAGCGUGCCACUAAGUUCACCUCACCUGCUAAUAAUAAUACCCAACAACCGCAACAACAGGUCGAUAAUAAGCGUCCUAGAGUUGGUAAUGGUUCAACUACGGGAUAUAAUUUGACAGUCCCACCGAUGAGUCAGCAACAACAGCCACUUUUGCCUAAUCCUAGCCACGGUGUACAAGUGAACCAAUAUGGUCUGUUGAGCUCAAUGCUACCUGGUGUAUCUGUCCCAUAUGGCAACCCAUUGGCGCCAUUUGGCUCGGUUCCAGUACCAGGUCCAGCUUCUCAACCUGUCUACUUUGAGCAGCAAACUGGUUAUGGUGGAUAUGGGUUGCCACCACAAUACCACCCACCGUACUAUUCUCAGUAGCAUAUCCAUUGGUAAGAUUUAUCAUACGAAUGCAAGCGAUUUAAAGAGGAUUUCUGAUUGAAGAGAUCUAAUGCUCUAUGUGUAUUGAUGUUCAGUGACAUAGAUAACUCUUGAUAUAGUCGCUGUUUUUGUGAUGAUAUAAGAGCAAAUUGAUCCUUUUUUUUUUUGGGGGUUUGGUUUUCCUGUGGAAGUGGAUUACAGAGGAUUUUGCCUUGAUUGUACAGUGUUAUAUAAUUUUAACCUUAAUUUCAUACGUUUAUUAGUAUAGUUUUCUUGUGUAGUAAUGGUCUUAAUGAAUUGAUCUUACAUGUAUCUUCCUUGAUUUGGUAGGUAAUCUGCCACGAUUCAUAUAACACAGUGGAGUUUAUCUA